ACAGCUGUCAAAUCAUGGAAGGUACCAAAACACCCUCUUAACAAAGAAAAGCCUAUCAAUAUAUUACGGCCACAGCAACUUCAUUUCCGUCAUUUCACAGCAAGGAAGGUCCCGCUCUAAUGACUAAAUUAUUGUCCCUCUCUCCUCUGCAACUGAACGAAACAGAAGAAGAAAUAAGAAGAGAGACAAGAGUGUGAUUUCAUCCAAAAUUCAUGGGCAAAAAAGUCAAAUGGAGCUGGUCCUCUGCUUUCAUCGGAGCAGCAUCUGCUACGGCGGUAACAGCUCUGCUUAACGCGAAACCCAAGGACCCAGUCUUCCAGUUGAUCUCAAUCAAUCUCACUUCCUUCAAAUUCAACCUGCCUGUCCUCGACGCCGAGUUAGUCCUUACCGUACACGUCAACAACCCCAAUAUCGCCUCCAUUCACUACUCUUCCACCACCAUGUCCAUACACUACGACGGCUCUCUCCUCGGCUCCGCUCAGGUUGAGGCCGACUCUCAGCCGCCAAGGUCUUGUAAGUUGCUUCGGCUCCAGGCUCGGCUCGACGGGCUUCAGCUGGCUCACCAUGCCUCUAAGUUUUUUUAUGACGUAGCUAAACGGGAGAUGGUGCUGGAUGCAACGGUAGAUAUUGUGGGAGCGGCCAAGGUGUUGUGGUGGGACCACAAGUUUAAGGUCCACGUGGAUAGUCGUGUGACCGUUGAUCCCUUGUUCCUUGACGUGAUUGAUCAGGAAAAUAAGUCCCAGCUUAAUGUCUUUGUUGCUUGAGAUGCUUGUACUUUUGAAUUUGAACGAAGGAGUUAGUUGUACUCCGUGUUUUCUUUGUUUGGAAACUUCAGAAUGAAAAUUAUUGGAAAUUUAGCCAUUUUUUUCAUA